AUGUUCAAGGUAAGGAUUACGAAGUUAUUUGUUUAUAUAUUAUUAUCUAUAUAAAAUAUAAUAUCAGCGUAGUUGAAAUAUUCAAAUUUUAUAUAAUACUGAAAACCUGGUAGGUAAUAAAAAUAAUAUCCAAUUAAAUGAAAAAUAGUUUACUUACAUCGCAUAAUAAUAUUCAGUUAUAAAUAUUUGCAUUCCGAUUUUUUACGUUUAUUAAUAUUUUUUUUUAUUAUUCUAACAGUCAAAUGAAAAUGUCAUUUUAAUACAAUAAAAUUCUUUAAUCCUGUUUUUACCUUAACCAAUGAUAGUCUCUAGUCGCAUAAAACAUACACAUUUUGAACGAAUAAAUAAUAAUUUGACAAAUUAUUGCAAUUGAUUUCUUGAUCACUAUUAAUUUUCAGUAACAAAAUCAUAAUUAUCAAAUUAAUAAUAAAUAUCUAAUAACGGGCAAUAUUAAAGUAAACUACGAAUACUCAAAUUAAAAUAGUAUAUUAUGGCUUAGGUAGCUCAUUAUUUAAUUACUUUUUAAACUAUAUACGUAUUAAAAUAAUAUACACAUAUAUAUAUAUAUACAUUAUAUAUUCAUUCAUAUAAUAAUUAAUUAGUUCUACAGUAGUGCAAUUAGUAUCUAGUUGUAUAGGUUUAACAUGGUUAUGAAUGUGUAAUAAUUAAAAUUUGUGUAUUAUUUUGUAUUGAGGUGAUUUAUAUUCAAGAUUUUUGUCAAAUGAAAACGUUACAAUUUUAAUGUUUAUCGAUUCUACACUUGCGUUAAAUUAAAUAUUGCAAAACUAUUGUACACGCUAAAUAACAAUGUACGUAAAAUAUUAUGGGAAUUCAUUUUUUUUUUUUUUUUUUUUUCAUACUAAAUAUCAAGUAUUCCCCUUAAAACCGCGAUUAUUGACAAUUCGCAAUAUAUUUAUUUGAAAUUUUAAUUUAAUUUUUGUUGGUAUUAUCGUAUUUUUACGGACAAAUGGAAACUUUAACGUGAAUUCGCAUCCUUAUACUAUCGAUCAAGAUUUAAAAGCGAUUCGUUUAUCUAUAAUAAUAUAUUAUAUCCGAUUUUAUUAAGAUUAUAGGCUAAAUUAUAGGCCAAUCGUCUUUAAAAAAAACCUACAUCCGAUAAUCUACUGAAAAACAAUCCGUAUGUACCGCCGAAUCUAGGUAAUAUUGUCGACCAAUGGUAAUAUCAAAUCUGUCAUCAAAACAUGGCACACAUGCACAAUACAUUCAUCUAAAUCAAUAGAAUUUAUUUUUUAUUUUUUUGUGUUCAAUUAUAUGUUGUACACAUACUUACUUUAUUAUACUGUAAUGAUCUCUCGUAGAUAUAUAUGUAUAUAUGCAUUGUACCAAAUAUGUGUAUACUGUGUAGGUAUAUUUCUCUAAUAAUAAUAAUACUAAACAAAUAACAAAUACAUUUUAGUUAAAGAAUUUCUAUUACGACGCCUGCGGUAUAUAAUGGCAAUAACCUUUUUCAGCCUCAAGGCGAAUUUGUAAUUGCUACUAGAUCAUGACGUACUUAUAUAGCAUACGCCCAACAAUAUAUUAUAGUGUGACUAUGACGACCCGUCAUCAAUUCCCCGUUAAUUUUUUAUGCACAAAAACCUGUUUUGUUUUAGUAUAACAAUAAACCAAAAUCUGAAUAUUUGUUUUAACAUAUGCUUCAGUACUUAUAGUUCAUUAAUUACACACGUCUCUUAAGAUGUACACGACGUUUUUUUAUCCGUAAAUUUAAUUCAUUAAUACUAUAUUUAAAUUAUAAAAAAAACCGGAUGUUAGCUUUUGCUAUUGUUAUUUCAAUAUUGUCCUGCGAUUGUUUGUGGCUAAAAAUAUUAUUCAAACGUAAGAAAGUGUACAUUCGUGAAACUUUGUAGUUUUCACCGUAGACAAUUUAAUUGUAUAAAUGUAAUUGUCUGUGAUACACAAUACGCAAUCAAUUUUAUGAUGAAUUGAAUACUUGAGCAUAAUAUUACAGCUCAAAAUAUGUACACCUACCUACAAAUUAUAUUAACAAAGUUGAUGUAAUCUUGCGCUACGAAAAAAAUGUGUUUCGAUAUAUUUUCAACAUAUUUAUUUUUAUUUUCUGUUCGAAACAUUUUCGCCUCCUCUAAGACGGAGUAAGUGAAGUAAAUCCAUGCGUAGACUACCUAUAGCACCAGCUAUUAAUUAAACUUGCAUAACUUCUGUUCUUUGUAAUAAUCCUCGGUACUGUACUUUAUAGAUAGUAUAGACUAAUAAUAGUGUUAUUACAAAAAAAAAAUUGCUCGAUACACAACAGAAUUUUUAUGAGUAAUAUUGCAUACCUACGAGUUUAAUGAUCUACAACGAUGACAAAUAAUACGGAUUUUUUUUUUUAAUAAUAGUUUUAAAAUAAUAAUUAUAUGGAUCGAUAUGGUUUAUUCGAAAUACGAAUACACGUAGCACCGCUUAAUCAUUAUAUACUGCAUACUCGUACAUUAUAAUUCAAUUAAAAAUGUGUUCAAAAUUAAUACUAAACAAUUCUUAAAAUAUUUAAAAGGUCUCAUCGAUAAUAAUACAUUUAUUACUGUUUUACAGCUUCUUACUUUAUCUUGCCUGUUGGCAGCCAGUGUUCAUUGCAAGCCUGCACAGACCCCCGUUGCUCCAGCCCCAUACUACCCUCAACCAUAUCCAGCAGUAUACCCUCAAGUAUACCCGAAAGUUUAUGCCGCACAACCAAAAUAUAACGCACAACCUGCGUACGUAGCAGUAGCUCCUUAUUCCCCUGGAAGUUAUCGUCAAGUUUAUGCGCCGUAAGUAAAAUUUGCAAAUAAAAAAAACAAAACAAACCAUUUCAAAGCGCACAUUUAAUUCGGUUUUUAUAUUAUCAUAUUAAAAUACUAUAAUGUGUUAUGUGUACUAUUACUGAAUAAAUACGUGGUCGGAUACGUAUUCUUAUAAACCAUAAAAUGAGAACGAUUUUCUAAUUAAAUAAGAUUGUGUUGAAAAUUGGAAUUUAAUUGUUGCAAGGAGCUCAAUGGUUAUGAAUCCGACUUUAAAACGUUGAUUCGUGGGUUUGAAUCCCACACCGUGCAUUAUACUUUUUUUUACAUUAUUUUCGAUACAGUUGUCAUCUUGAUUACGAAAGAUCCACGAGUCCGUGCGACCAACAUUAUUAUAGUAUCAGUUAGCUUGUCAUACGAAUGAAUAAAUAAAUUAGUAAACCAAAUAUAUCACAUUAAUAAUAAAGUUAUAAAUUAUAAUCAUUAAUUAUUUAUUAUACUUGAACCACUAAUAUUCACCGACAAUCACUGCACAGAAUUAUAAUAUAUUUUAUGUAAACAUGAGCGAAAAUAUCCUUACGUCGGUUACCUAUUUACAUAAACACAUAUUAAAAUCUAACCCUAAAUAACAAUAUAGUUUUCAAUUACUGUAAAGUUAUAUUGCCUACUCAUUUAAUAAAACCCUACAUUGAUGAAUGCAAAUUUUAAAGUCUGAGCGGAGCGAGGAAUGUAUUGGUUUUACAAUAAUGUUUUUUUUUAACUUUGAACAACUUUACUACCAGCAAUUUUGCUCAGACUUUUAAGUGUAGCACUUUUUCUGAAAGUAAAUCUGAAUGAGGUGGUACUUUAGAGAAGUUACUUUUUAAUUUUCUCAGGGGUUUUCAUAAUAAAUGGGAAAACCGGGAAAAAAUAAUAAAAUUUACGAAACAUAUUAUUUUCAAAUCGUAAAUAUUACAGCCUUUCAAAACAUAUACACCCGAACUCCACUCAGAAUUGUUUUUAAUUAACGAUGGUUAAUCGUUGUCUAUAAAUAUACAUUAAGUUUCCCCUCUACCUAAUCAAAUUCAACCCUACAAAAGUAGCCCACCCAUCUAAGGACGAAUCCAGGAAAGGGAGCUAGAGACUAAGGCCCCCGAUAUAUUAUUUCACCAAUGUUUUUAAUGACCCUGAUAUUAUUAUAUUUCAGUUAUAGAUAUGUAUGAUAAUAUAAUAUAUUAUACAUGUCUGUACGGGAGCACGUAAAAUAUUUGAAAAUAUUUUGUAGGAACCGUAUUUUGUCGGAAAAAGAAUUCGUCAGAAAGUAUUAUGACGGAAACGUAUUUUGUCGGAACCGUAUUUUGUUGGAAAGUUUUUUUUCGGAAAAAUAAUUCGUUGGAAAAUAUGUUGUCAGAAAAUAAUUUUUACCCAACGACAAUAAUAUCCAGUCACGGAGAGCUUAUGAUGAAAUUAUGUUGAACAGUUGCGACAAAAUACUUUCCAAUGAAUUAUUUUUUCAACAAAAUACGGUUCCGACGAAUUAUUUUUCCGAUUAAAUACGGUUCCAAGAAAAUACGUUUCCAAAAAACCCAUUUUCGACAACAUACAGUUCCGACAAAAUACUUUCCAAUAAAUUAUAGCCCUUCGUCUGUACAAUGCACAUAUCAUAUUCCGAUAUUUAAUUUCGUUUUUACGUGUUAAUUGUUGACACCAUAAAUGCGCCACCCACGUCGCUACCAAAGUUGGCCCGGGCAAUCACAAAUAGAUUUUAGUUGAUUAAACUAUUAUGACACUAAAAUUAGAAUCUAUAUACAUCAUAAUUGUAUUUAUAUUGUGAAAAAAUUGUUAGGGCUCCCCUAGAUCUUUACUCUGGAUCCGUGCCUUCACCCAUCGUUUGCCCGUUUUAUUAUUAUACAAUGAACAUAAUAAUAUUAAAUAUUUUAUUUUUCUAUUCAAAACAUUUUCAUUCAACCAAGUAUAUAAAAAUGCUUUAUGUUAUAAAAUAUAUUGAAUAUUUUUCAGAGCUAAUCCUGCCUUUAAUCCUUACUAUUACGGAUACGCUCCAUAUCCUGCAUAUCCCCAACAAUACUCAUAUCCAUAUCCGUAUGUCCAAAAUGACGGAACUCAAGGCCCGACACCAGCUCAAGGUGGUGGUUGGGGAGAAUACUUCGGUAGUUUCAUUAAUUAUAUACCGAAUUUCCCUUCUUUCACAUCUGAAAGCCAACCGGCUUCACAAUCAGAAUCUCAAGGUGCAACAGGUACACCAGAAUCUUCUGCAGAAGCUGGAUGUAAGGAAUUAAAUGCAUAAUAUCAAAAGAAAAAUAUUUAUAAUAUAAUUAUUUAAUGUGUAGCCACGGUUGAAACUGCAAAUCCUAUCAAAGGUGAAAAACCAAUAGAAGGACAGAAAACAGAACAAGCGCCAGCUAGCGAUGAGCAAUCUGCCCAAGCACCAACAAAACAAUUCGCAACUUCUCCAUUUGUGUACUUUGGUCAGCCACAGUAUUAUGGGCAACCACCUUACCAACAACCCAUCAACGAUCCAUCCAAGUUGAAUGGAGCAAACAAUGGUGCAGUUUCAAGUUUUUUGUUUUACAGAAAUCAGCCUCAACCAGAUUUUUUUCAACAAUCCCAACCGGUAAUAAAAAAUAGAAAUUCUACAUAAAAACCUGCCCUAAAAAUAAAAUUAAAACUAUAAUUUUUGAAAGUUCCUUGAAAAAAACAACAUAUUUUUAUUUAAAUAUAUAAACACUCAGACGCUUUUUUAAAUCUAAAAUAAAUAAUUUUUAAUCUUGUAACGGCCGUACCUCUCUAAAAAAGUAGUUUAUGUAUUUACUAAUAUUAAAACAAAUAUGCUAAUUUUAAUAGUUUGCUGAUCAGAAAUACUACCAAGCUCCUGCUCCUCAAUCGAACCAAGGUACUGCAGCACUUGCUUACCAGAAGUACUUACAGUACCAAAAACAACAGCAAGAUGGACAAUACCAACAGGCACAGUUUCAGCAAGAUCAAUUUCAACAACAACAAGAUCAACAACAGACACCAUUCCAACCACAGCAACAACAAUAUGUUCCACAACCCCAACAAGACGAAUCCUCAGUUGUUGUAGAUUCAAAUACAACCGGAGUCCAGGUUGAAACUGAAGGCCAACAACAAGCACAAUCUAAAUUAGCUACAGGUUCGAACUAAUUUGGAGCUUAAACCCGACUGAAUUUUUUUUAUAAAAUUUUCUAAUUCAAUUAUUAUAAUUAUAUUAAUUUAUUUUUAUUAUUUAUAAAAAUGCCAUUAGAAAUGUAUACGAAUAGCAAGUAAUAUAUCUCGUAGAAUGUGCCGGUUCCAUCCACAUAAUAACAGUAUUAUAAUAGAAACUUAAAAUAAAAAAAUUAUAUAUAUUUUUGUCAAACAAUAUUUCGAAAAUAUACUUGUAUUUUAAUUAAUAAUUUUAUUGUCACUGUCAAAUACAAAAUUAUUGGUUCAUAAUAAAUAAUGUAUUAUUUUGUUGAAACUAUUUGAACCAUUAGCAGUCUGUACUUUUUAUCAAUCGUACAGGUACUGAGUUUUUAAAUGCCAUUACUAUAAUAAUGGCAAUCGUGUUAAAUUUAUAAACACACGAUAUUUGCCUACGCUAAAUUUUACAUUUUCUAUAUAAAAAUCAAUAGAAAGUUAGAUACCUACUAACAAAGAAUUAUUUUAUUUUAAACCUUAUAAUUUUUUUUAACGCACAGUUUGAAUGACACGAAUACAUUUAUCACAAAUAUAUACAUAUAAUAUAUUAUAUACUAACUAUAUAAUUUAAUUCUAUUAUGAUUAUAAUGUGUUAAAUUACAAAAUUAAACAGUGUCUCGUAUGUAUAAUAGGUCCAACCAUAGCUGUAGCUCAGCCAGAUGGUAUCGCGUUCGCCGGAAUCGGCGGCCGGGCCGGAGCUGCACCUAUAGGCACGGCAAUCGUAGGCCAAAAUUCAACGGCAAUUGCAGGUCCCAAAGCCACUGCCAUAUCAGUGGAUCAAACGCCAACGAUUAGCUUAACGCCAGUCCACAAGCUAACGUCAGCCUAUUUAGCAAAAUAUGCACCCGAACUAGGAGUAUACAAAGUGGCUGAAAUCAAAACAUCGUAA